AUAACUGACUAUAACUGCCAAUUCAGAGAUAUGAGUCCAAAGUAACCGCCCUUUGUUGCCCUACAAAAUCUGAACCCACUCCAACUGUUGAACUUUUUUCCUCUUCUCCUAUUUUCUUGUCUCUUCUUCCACCAAAUCCACCCAUCACAACAAGAACAAAACAUUCCUCAAUGAACAACACUCCCGACCUUGAUUUCCGAUUCCCCAUAUCUCCACCAACCCACCAGGACGCCGUCGUUCCCGCCGCCCCCGCCACCGCCACCGCCGCUUCUUCUUCUUCCACUUGUUUCACUGCAAGCGAUAGAACCCACCAAAAUCCCAGGAAGAAACGCUCCAAGCUGAUCAGGCUCGACAACCCGACUGCUCCGAACAAGGUUUCGAGGCCAAAGUAUGCAAAAAAGCCCGACCCGUCUGCCCCGAAGAUCACGAAACCCUGCACUGAGUGCGGCAAGACGUUCUGGUCAUGGAAGGCUUUGUUCGGGCACAUGCGGUGCCACCCUGAGCGCCAGUGGCGGGGCAUUGAACCGCCGCCAAAUCUGCGGCGGCCCGUCUCGUCCAACAUACCGCUGAGCGAGUUGGGAUUGGCAAUGGGUGAAGAGGACCACGAGGCGGCCUCGAGUUUGCUAAUGCUUUCCAGUGGGAUUACUUCUGGGACAAGUAAUGAGAUCAUCAUUAGUACUGCCGCUACUCAGAGUGUGAGUAAUACUAAUCUCCAAGGUGCACUAGAGGUGUUUGAUGGUUGUAAUAGUAACAACAGUGGUAGGUUUGAGUGCUCGAGUUGUAAGAAAGUGUUUGGAUCCCACCAGGCGUUGGGGGGCCACAGGGCAAGCCACAAGAAUGUGAAGGGCUGUUUUGCAAUUACGAGAAGCGAUGGGGAGGUUGAUCAGGAUCAUCAUCACCAUAAUGGAGAUGGUGGUGGUGAUGAUGGUGAUGGUGAUGGUGAUGAGGAUGUGAUGGAUGAGAAUCACAUGGACUUGGGAUCAUCAUUAGGGCACAAGUGCAGUGUUUGCGGGAGGGUCUUUUCAAGUGGGCAGGCAUUGGGAGGGCACAUGAGAUGUCACUGGGACAAAGGGGAUGAGACCCAAUUAGGGUUCGGGUUUGAGCUAGGGUUGGGGUUCAACCUGCAGCAUCCGUGUGAAACUUCAAAAGGAUUAUUCUUAGGUCAAAAUUCUGGUGCUGGUGGGGGGUUGGACUUGAAUUUGCCUGCUGCUGCUGCUGCUUCUGCUUCUCACACUACUGAAGAUGAUCAUCAGCACUACUCUUCUUCUGGACUCACUUUGGAUUUAAGGUUGGGUAUUUGA